ACCCAGUUGACUUUCCUCCGUUGCUCGCGCUUGUCGUCGUUGAUAUUGACCGUAGUUGCUACUAUUUUGGGUUUGUUUCCACACAAGCUGUUAGCGCAUUCGUCGUCUCAAUAGUACACUUCGCUGCCAUGCAUCACGUCGCAUUUAAGUCGACAGGUUCCGUCCGCCGGAUUGGGACCGCAAGGAAGGCGGGCGAUGGGCGCGCGCGCACGGUAGUGGUGGCCUGCAGCCUGUCGCAUGAGGACCGCAUGAGCAGACGCGACCUGCUUAGCGCAGCCAGCGCCGCCAGCCUGGUGGUCGGAGGCGGCUGCCUGCUGCUGGCCGCACCGCAACCUGCCGCCGCAGGGCCCCUGCCGCAGGCCGAGGUUCCCGUGGAGCAGCUGGGCCUGCUGCAGAAGCAGUCGCAGCUCAAGGAGUUCAGACUGAGGGCGGAGGCGGCGAUCAAGGAGGUGGUGGGUGCAGCUGACGCUCCCGCCUGCAUGCGGCUGGUGCUGCACGACGCAAUGACGUACGACGCGGCAACCAAGACCGGCGGCAUGGACGGAUCCAUCGUGCUGCCUGAGGAGCUGAGUCGGCCGGAGAACACGGAUCUGGAGCCGCUGGUGGCUCGCUUGGCGCAGGCCAAGUCCAAGAUCGACGCCGCGGGUGCGGAGGACGGCUCCGGAGCCAUCAGCUGGGCGGACCUGCUGGUGCUAGCAGCCAAGGUGACCACACAAGCCCAGUGGGCGGCCAUCAAGGUGUCCCGCGCCGCCCUGCCCAGCGGGGGGGACGUCAUCGCUGGUCCCGCCUUCGGAGCCCCCUGGCCCGUACGACUGGGGCGGGUGGAUGCGGCGGCACCCGGACCCGCGGGUCGCAUCCCACCCGCGGAUGCGCCGGUGUCGGAGAUCAAGUCCUACCUCUUCGCCCUGGGUGUGAAACCCGACCAGAAGCCCUCCUCCGCCGGCAACCCGCUGGCCGCCCUCUUCGCGCCCCGCCCGACCUUCUGGGAGCGACCCAGCCUGGUGCUGUGGACGGCGGCUGCGGCGGACCCGGCGGCGGAGGAGGCGCGGUUCGUGGCGGAGGAUGGAGCCGCGUUCGCGGGCGCCAAGACCAACUACGACAGGUCGAGGAGGACGGUGACCCGGACAGACUACGAGGUGGACUUCAUCGACUACUUCACGCAGCUCACCAGCCUGGGGGCGACCUUCAAGCCCAACGCGUACCUGCGGCCCGAGCGCAUCGCAGCGCUCAAGUUCUGAGCAACCUGGGGGGGUGGGUCAAGGACCAUACCGAACCAUAGGAGGAGGGGAGGGGGGGGAGGGGGAAGGUAUGUGUGUGUGCGUGCUGACAUGCAUGGGGGCGGGGCAGCAGACGACGGCAGCAGUCGCGACGACGUUUUAGAAAGGCUAGCCGUGAGGGGGGUGGGCGGCGUGUGUGUGCUUGUGUGUGUCCAGGAACCUGGCCGCGAGUCGGAACGUACUCUGAUUGCCGUACCGUGUAUGCACUGCUGAGAGGAAGACGUGUAAGCGUGAGAGGAUGGUAAGAAGCCGAAGCUGAAGCCGAGAGGGAAGAGGUUAACAGGAACCGAGCAGAAACCGGGAGAGGGGGUGGAAGAAGGAACAGAAACCGAGGGAGGAGGAGGUGCAUUCAUGGAGUUCGGGCGGUAGCAACCUGGAGAGGUGUGCAAAG